AGAGAGAGAGAGAGAGAGAGAGAUUUCUUUGUUAUGGUCAACCUAUGAGGACAAAGAGAGAUGGGAAUUUCAUAAUUCCACGAACCGGAUUCCUUUCUCUACUCAUUUCCUUCCUUAGAUUAAUACUCAGCCCCACAAGCUUCUCACAAGAAGACCUUUUCACACAUUCCUCCAUUUCUUUGGAUCCAGAAGAUCGACCUCGCCUCCAUAUAUAGUUUUGUUAUUGCGUGUUCUACUUCAACAAGAAUAAUGGGUCUCUCUGAAGUUUGUAACACAGGCCUCGCUCUUGCUCUAGUCUCCCAUCACGAGUACAAGCCAUCAGAAAAUCAUCUCUCGCAUCCUGAUCAUCAAGAGAAGAAGAAGAAGAGGAAGAAGGAGAAGGAGAAGGAGAUGGAGAAGGAGAAAUUCUCCUUAAAGUAUGACCACCUGUUCCCUUCUCUGACGUUGGGCCCAUCAGAUGAAACUUACACACACCAAUUGGCUACAGAUCAGAUGGUCGACGCAGGAAAAGUAUCCGGUGAAUCUGUGCAUUUGCAUAAACAGGCCUCUUCUCUUAGUGCAGCGUCUUCAUUUUCUAACUCAUCUGAGGGUGAAGAGGUUGAGGUGGAGAAAGUCUCCUCAAGGAUAAGCAAUGAAGAUGAAGAGGCUAGUCCAAGGAAAAAACUUAGGCUUACCAAAGAACAGUCGGCUAUUUUAGAAGAUAGCUUUAAAGAACACGCCACUCUCAAUCCUAAGCAAAAGCAAGAUUUAUCACGGCAGCUGAGUCUACGGCCGCGACAAGUAGAAGUGUGGUUCCAGAACAGGAGAGCAAGGACUAAGCUGAAGCAGACAGAAGUAGAUUGUGAAUUGUUGAAGAAAUGCUGUGAGACACUAACAGAGGAGAACAAGAGGCUAGAGAAAGAGCUCCAAGAGUUGAAGUCGCUGAAACUAGCUGCGCCUUUUUAUAUGCAGCUUUCCGCAGCCACCCUCACGAUGUGCCCCUCUUGCGAAAGGAUUUGUAAUGCUGGGGAUGGCUCUUCUACGACUCCUUUCUCAAUUGUGGCGCCCAAACCUCACUUCUAUAAUCCCUUCAACCAUCCAUCGGCAGCUUGCUAGGCAACGUAAAAGUCCCGAACACCGAUAUUUUUGUUCAGGGCUUCUGUGUCAUAUAGGAAGAAUUAGCUUAAUUAAUUUGUAAAGACUAUUUCUGUGAUAUAAGAAUUAGUUAAUUAAGUUUGUAGGAAGUCUCUCUUUCUAUUUGUUAUUAUAGAAAACCAUAUAUGUAGUUGAUGAAGGGAUUCUUAGUUA